AUGACGCAUCGAUUAGUUGUUUUCAAUUUUGAAGGUGUCAUUGUGAGCAAUGCGGAUCCUUACGCGCAUUUUCUGAAGAAGGCAGCACAACUGGGUAUUGAAAAUAGUUGUGAACUUCAAAAGCAACGUCUUCUGUAUCCAACAAAAAAUUUUCAAGCAGAAAUCAGUCAACUAUUGGAGAACAUUCGUAGCAAAACUGGCGAUGAGAUACAAAACUUUUCGCAACAAAUUGCAGAUGAAACACAAAUUCGUAUAGGAAUUCGAUCAGUGUUCGAGACGUUACAACGCGAUGACUCGGUCGAUGCACUCAUCGUUUCAGAUUACAAUAAUAUAAUGUUGGAACAAACCCUUGCUGCAAAAAAGAUAGCGGUCGGUAAAGUUGAUGUGAUAACAAAUACGUUGCGCUCAAUUGCGUAUGAUGAAUACAAACCAGUGCUAAGAUCGCGAAACUUCGUCAUUUGCAAAUAUUGUCCGCCAAAUUUGUGUAGAGGCCAACAGUUUCUGUGGUACUUACGUGAAGCUACUCAAAGAGGAGUCAGUUUUUCUAAGAUUGUAUUGGUGGGUAGCUCACGAUCAGAUCUAUGUAUUGCACGAUAUUUGCGUCAAAAAGAUUAUCUCUGCGCACCGAUUGGAUCAGACUUGGCAGACAUUUUGACGAAACUCACAAAAAAAGAACGCUUUUUUAAAAGAAUAAUGCAGAAAGCAAAAAUACGUGUUCAGGCAACGCACACAUGCCUUUAUUCGGACGCACGAUCCAUUAGCGAUAUACUCAACAGCCACGAAAAGAAUAAGUGUAGAGAUGUUCAGGAGUUGUACGAUAAGGAAGUUGAGUAUGAAUGGAAAGUGUCCGCUCCAUUCACUGUUAUCAAACAUCAUCGAUGUUCUCCGUUGUCGAUUAGUGGUGAAGUGAAUGGUCAGGUCGCUCCUUGUGAUACAUCGCUUCAGAUUGAUACUUGGAGUAAAUCUAUUCAGAAUAUCAUCACUUCAUUAGACCAUUUCAAAAUGGAUACCGCAGCCGAACGACCCUUUACGAACGACGAGCCGAAAGAUUAUUUCUGUAGACGGCGUUGUCCAAACGAUAUGCCAAUGGGACAGUCAAAAUUAUCGUUGGAUCGGAAGGUUGGUGAUCCAUCGAAUGAGCAGCUGGAGGGACGUUCACGCCUUUUCCUACCGUUUUCCCGCUCUAAUACUGAGCCUAUCCCUGCUUCGGAGGUUCGAACUCCACCAGCAACAAGCAUUUGGAACGAACUGUACAAAUGUCAACAGCUCCCACCAAGUAAUGAUAAUAGCAACAAUGGAGCAUUAACGCAUAAUCUUAAUAAUUAUAUGGAUCAUUUGGGAAGAGUGAAAAAUGAAGUGAAGUUCUGUUUUGAUAGUAUCAACACGCAACAUUUAGAGAAACAGCCAACCAAAGUGGAUGAAAUUAAUCGAGAAUGCAUUUCUGUGGACCGCAAACGAAUUAGUUUGAAUCGGAGAUCAGUUAGUAAUGAUUGUUCGUCAUCAUGUGCACACUUGGUGCGCCCAUUAAAUUCAGAACGUGGUGGUCAUCAUCCAAAAGACUGCAUCAGUGAACGCGGCGUAAUUAUGAGUGCAAAUGACUCUUAUACUGAUCGCAAAAGAACGUUCACGAUGCCAGCGAACACAUCAAAUAGACAACCAGUUUUAUCAAGUCACGUCCGUUCUAGUGGCAAAAUUAUUUCUGCGAAUUUAUUGCGUAGUAGCGAUAAUGGUCGAAAUCAUAUUACUACGAGUGACGUUAAGGAAAGUGCAAAAGAAUUGUUGAAAGAUAAUGAAACAUCGUGUUGCGAUUCGGGUAGUCAGAAAAAUCAUUCAAACGAUAGUAAUAAUGGUUUAAUUGACGACAGUAAGAAUAAAGUGUGCAGCGAUGAUAAUCUCACUGGUUUUAAAGAGGAAAAUAUAGCAAAUACUGCACUACGUAAUCAGUCACCAUACGAAUAUGUCAAUGUUUCGAUGAACUGCAGUCGAAAUAAGAUUGAUAAAAUUGUUGAAAUCGGAAACAACGAGGAUGAAGAAAUGAUAUAUGUAAGACAAAUAGAGAGUCCUGACGACAUCGGUGAUAAUAAUAAUAAUAACAAUAAUAAUAAUAAUAAUAACUUGGCUAGUGUCAUUUAUGAACAAUUUAACUUUGCACCUGUAACACAGGAUAAUUAUCCAACAAAACAAAAGAUUAUACGUAAUAAUGCCAAUACUUACGGUAUCAUAAAUCUUGUUUCGGGAAGAGUUUAUAGCAGUCAAGAAGUGAUACCUUCAUUGUGUGGCGAUACAAUAUAA